GUGCCCUCACUUUCUGCUCUUCUCCCCAAGACACCGCACCACGGCGGUCAUAGAAUUAAUCGGCUUCGAUCUCGAAUUCUGCGCCACUCACUCCUCACAAGACCAUCAAUUUCCACGGUGAUCGCCUCCACUGCUGGGCGAUUCUACCAUGUACAAUCUUCAUAAUGAGUUCAAGGGAACAGCAGAAUGGCCAGACGUUUAAUACAGCAGCAGGACGGGCUUUUGAGACUUCCAACUCUACGCUGAACAAGUUUCUAGGUGGCACGCGGAAGGCCUGGAUGUCAGGAGGUGCUCCUCCUCACCACCACCCACCGACGCCAACGCGAAACAAGGUGAACAGCCAGAAUAGACCUGUGGGCGCGCCUGGACAAAUAUCAUCUCCCGCCAGCACAACGCCCGCAAAUGCCCAACGGCCGUCCAAUGGUCCUGCCGCACUACAGACCGUCAGCAGCACCAUCACGACAGACAGCACGCCCAUCUCUCCCAUCACUCCAGUCCAGAAACACUCCAACAUCCCAGUGUCGAUCAAACAGUCGCCUCCUUUUGAACCACCACUACCGGACCGUGGUCUUCCUUCCGCAGCCCGAGAUGUCGGCCAAAUCUCAGUCCUUCCGUCGCCUGAACCAAGCAAUGGUUCUCGCACGAGUCCUGCCGUUGUGGUCGACGCAGAGAGAGGCAAUAGAGAAGCGGAGUUGAUGGUGCUCCAAUCCAGACUAGGCCAGGUCGAAUCUGUCUCUGCUGUGAAUGGAAGUCAGGCGGGCAAUACAGAGAGUUUCGCGGCCACCUGUGAAGCAGAUUUGGCUGCGUCCGGCUCUGUUCAACCUCAGAGUAUGGCUAGCCUAUCGACCCAUCAGGCUGUACACAGGGAUAAGCGGCCGAGGAUCGAGACUGCUCGUUUGCCAGUAUCACAUACGGCGCCGUCCCCGGUUGGCUUGGCGGAGAACCAGACGUUUGGUGCGAGUUCUCCCUCAGCGUCUUCAGACGACAAUUUCUGGGAUUGCUAUUUGAGUGCAUUAUCUCAGCUAGAGAAAGCCUCGUGGACUUUUUCUCUAUCCGAAUCAGUGGAAUUGCCGCGGGUACGACUUCUGCAGGAGGCCUGCCGAUCAAAAGACCUGUUCUACGUAACUCUGCAUCAAGUAUUUUGUCUCCAUACAUUCGCGCUAUCAGAAUUCGCCAGGUUAACUGGCUUUUCAACCUCUCAAGCAUCCGCGCUUGAAAUCAUCAAGCAGCUUCUCCUAGACAAUAGGCGACUCUCCGGGGAUUUCCUGAAGUGGUGUGUCAACUUCCCAUUCCCAAUGUCCCGUAUGUUGCAAAAUGUGAAGUAUAGAGGUACUUUACAGCAGAUCGGACAGUCUCUAUCACUAUUGUCUGUGAAGUGGGUAUCCUUUGAGCAAGAGAUAAGAAGACGUUCAUAUCCUCCACUUAUCGAUGAGUUGGUACUGCAGUUCCAUAUCACCUCAUCCACGCUGCAGAGCGUCAUAUUUACAGCCAUAUGCCGUCGCCAUCUACAGGCAAGAGAUGAUGAUCGUCUUCGGCAAUUCCUGUCACUUUUUGAACGCAACCGAAAAUAUUAUCUGCGUCGGUUUGCAGAUCCCCAACAUCCAGUCAGCACGGAGCAUAUGCAGAAGGAAAACGAGGAUCUUAUUAGGGGAUAUCACUCGCUCUGGGUACAAUUUGCUCCCAGAAAUGAAAUCCAUCCAGCACCAAGUCAUUCGCCGGUAGCGACACAACGAGCAGGGCAGAUGGCUUCUGGAGCCGUUCCUGCGGCCCCCGCCCAUGCUACUUCUCUAGCAAGGAACAGUGUACGACCAUCACUCCAGUCACCGCCGAUACAGCAACUCCCUUCACAAUCAUAUUCUCAAAGUAUUGCUCCGUCCCAGGCGCCGCCUGCACACGGCAGACCAAAUGCGCCAGCCAAUCCUACUGGAUUGGGUCCCAAUAACCUUGUCUCUCCUAUUCAGAUGCCAGCAGGCCAGCAUAUUCCUCAGGACCUAUCUCCUACCUACUUCCCACAGCAGGGCGUUGCCUCACAAGGACAAUAUCAGAACUCGCCUCAGUUCCAGUCUCCUCACUAUAUGCCACCGGCAUAUAUUGUCCCGAGCCAGCAAAUGCCAUCACAGAUGACACGGACACCUCAGAUCGCACAACCCUCACGAGGACGAGGCCGUCCUCGUCGUGUUCCAUCACAUAUCCAAACCAGUGCACCUGUUCCUGUGGUCUCCAGUUUACCUGCCGUUAGUCCUAUGGAUAACCGGUUUAUCCCGAAUUACCCGGCCACGCAAAUGGUCCAGCGACAGCCCGCUGCGGCUCUUCCUUCUCCGCGACAAGGACCUAUCGAUCGGCAUCUGCUUCCGGCACCAGGCGCUCUUCCGCCCCCUCGUGCCCAUCCUAGCCCUCUCUACGCCUCUAUUCAUCAGUUGCACCUGCGAGAUCCAGCCAGGAGACUGGUUCAUCAAGGGCCUAACGGAGAAGAGGAAGGAGAGCUCUUCCAGUACCUGCAUUCUUUCGCCGUCAAACCAACUUGUCUAGGCCAGACGGAAAUCAUCUUUCGAUUCACGUUCGAUGUGUCCAAUGAUACCUUUAGAAAACUGCCCCAGGAUACAAGGUUUCCAGAUGGCCGGCGAGCGACAAGGGUACUAUCUAAUGGCAAUCGCCUGUAUCGCCUGCGCUGUGUUAAGGUGGCUCCUUCAUCACAGGACAUCGGUGAGAACUCGUGGGCUAUUGCUGAAUCUGUAUGGCCCAGUGUCUUUUACCUUCAUGUCAACGGCAAGGAAAUGUUCGUUCGCCGAAAAGCGCACCAUGCCAAAGAUCUACCUCUGGACAUCACGCCUAACCUGAAAGAAGGUAACAAUGAAUUUACGCUUCAUUUCUUGCGGAGUCCAGAGGAACGCGGUAACCUGGUCUAUGCUCUAGCCGUUGAGGUCUUAGAGAUAGCUGAUCUGGAACACACUAAGAAAUUGGUUCAGCCUCUUGCGGCACCUGAGUCACGCCUUCAAAUCCAGAAACGGCUUUCGGUCAGCACUGCUGACGACGAGCUGUCUGUCGUAAAUGACUACAUAGCUAUCGAAUUGGUUGAUCCAUUUAUGGCGCGGAUCUUUGAUGUACCGGCUCGCGGCAGAACUUGCAAACACCAAGAAUGCUUCGAUCUCGACGCCUUCCUCAGUACCCGUGUUUCCAAAAGCGGCAGCGAUCCUAUGAAGGAAAACUGGAAGUGUCCCAUCUGCGGAGGAGAUUGUCGUCCAUCGAAUCUUAUCAUCGAUAACUUUCUUGCUGACGUACGAGCGGAGCUGCUGCGUAGUGGCAAGUUGGAAGAGACUAGGGCCAUCCACGUCAAAGCAGACGGAACAUGGCAGCCAAAGAUUGAUCAGGACCUCAAAAUAGAAACCAGAGUCCCUGCGAAACGUAAGCUUUCGGAGAUGGGCGAUGUGACACCUCUUAGGUCCAAAAGUGAGAGCACCGGGGGCACUCCACGAGUUGCCAAAGCUGCCGAGAUUAUUGAGCUUGACUAACCACCCAGCUCCAUAUCUACUGUGCGGGCUAGAUGAGACGAGAAGUGGUCCUCGUCGGGCGUCUGUCUGUAUGGUACAACACCUUAGCAUUGGUCGGCGCAUAUGGAUUUGGCUCUGUUUUCUUCCAAUUAUUUGCGAGUUGCUAUGUAUGG